AUGGGCUUGCUUUCCAUUUUCUCCUUAUUUUAUUUUUUUAAACAUUCAUAUUAUUCUGUUGCUUUUUACUUCUCGUCACCUUUCUUUUACCUCUUUUUUCUUCUUGCUGUCCUUCUUUUUUGUCUUCUUUUUUUAUCCUCGUUCAUCCCGUUCUGUUUCUUUUUCAUUCGGUUCUUCCGUCUCCACAUCAGGACCUUCGAAAAACUUCUUCUUCUUUUCUUCUUCUUCUUCUUCUUCUUCUUCUCCACUCCAGGACCUUCUUCUCCUUCUCCUUCUUCUUUCUUCUUCUUCUUCUUCUUCUUCUUCUUCUUCUUCUUCUUCUUCUUCUUUAUGAUUUUUUUUCUUUUGCAUUUAUCUUUUUUUCUUUCACAUGACUAUCAUCAUUCCUCUUGCCUCACAUGUUCUUAUCCAAACCUGAUUCUGACUCCCACUGUCAACACCAAGACAAGCGCCACUCAGUGCUCCGUCACAACAUCAGUCCAUUCUUCUCCGUCAUUAUACCCCACCCGCUGUCGUUCCUGGUACAAGCCUUUGGGCAGUGCCAAAGAUGAUUCGCCAGCAAGCCUCCAACUGUGGACUAUCCAAUCAUGCUUCUCUGGCUCACAACAUCCUGCCCUCUCUUUCCGAGCUGUCUCUUUUGGUGGCGCCAUCUACACGACUGCUGCCGCUGACAAGCCAUCAGCUUGA